AUGAAAAGAGUCGAUGUUAAAGAAAUAGAGAAGAAGGCCAGUUUUGUGUUGAGGGAAAGAGAUGCUGGAUCUGGUGAGUUAUGCCCAGGAGAAUGUUCGAGGAUCCUCGUAGUCAAGGGCCACAGAGCUGUUCUAUUUGGCACCACAUUAUUUCUCGAUGAAAGGAAGUUUGAGGAGGACAUUAUUUAUCUAAGCAAGGACGAGACAAGGAUUGUUAUGGCAAAGCACAAUGAGGUGGUUGUUCUAGAUUUCUUCUCUUCUACCAUCAAGAGGAUUGGUGCAAAGGCCCGAAUAAGAAGAGGAGAGGUAUGGAAUGAGUACCUAGGCAUUCUGGAUGAGGACGGACGUCUGGAGGUAUUCAAGGAUGGGAAGUUCGUGUAUGAAAGGGAGGGUGUAAAGGACUUUCUUCUUCCUGAUUUUGUUGUUGGCAUGGAUGAGAAGUUUAUGAGCCAUGAGAAUGUGAAGAGGCUUUUUCGAAAUAGUAGAGGGGAGGGGAUCAUAGUUGUGACUGAUGAGAAGCUGGCCCUUGGAGACGUUGAGGUUGAAAACAUACUUCAUACUGGGGAUGUGGACUACGACAGAGAUGCAACGCCCUGCUACUAUCAUUGCGAUUUCCACGGUGUGAAUCUGUUAGCGUCUAGCAACUCUUCCAAGUUCCUAUUCCUUGGAGAUGGCCUUUAUGAGUUGGAUCUAGAAGAAGAAAUAAAGCUUCUGAGCUUAAGAACAGAUGAGAAGUUCAACGUCAGAUAUCUAGUGGGUAUGGACUACUCUGGAGAGUAUGUGUACCUCGUUGAUGAAGACGGGGUUGUGAGCAAGUUUGAGGCCUGUGGGAUAGAAAACGAAAGAGAGUUGAAGGAAGACAUUGAUUUUGUAGAGGAGAGAUAUGUGAUUUCGAAAGAAGAGGGACUGAAGAAAGUGGAUGGGGAGGAUUAUGCCACAGGAGCUGGAAAGGACAAGCCACUUUCAUCAUUGAACAAUCUACUGGAUUCUAUCAAGGAGAGCCGCACUUCUGUAGAAGUGGAGGACAGCAAGCCUCCUAAGGACGAAGAUGUACCUAGGAAAGUGACAGGGGAUUCUAGAGUGGACGAAUUGAUUGAGAGAAUUGGUUCCCAGAUAGAUAAGAUUACCAAGGACUUUAAGGAAAUAAAAGUUGAGAAAAAGACCUUUCGGAUGUACAAAUACAAUGCAAACGAUUUGUCAUUGUCUGUUGAGCAGGUAUAUAUGAAUGUCACAAGGCUCGAGAACCACAGAUCGAUGGGGGAUGAAAUGGCGGAACAGCUUUCGCUAAUGCUUAACAAUCUUGAAGUCUACAGAGGGAUUGAUGAGGAAAACAUAAGAAAUGCAGUAAGGUACAUUGACAGUGCAAUAGAAAGUAUUUCUAAGAAACGAAGGAGAAGGAUUGUACACUAUACGAAGCCAUUGUUCUAUGGAAUUGGAAAGGUGGGAAGAAUCAGCCAAGGGUUGGAUGUGAAUCUUGGAAGUGUUCAAAAUACCUUGACAGAGGUGGGUUAUGUAGAAAAAAAGAUAGACAACGAUGAUCUGGGAGACAACUUUACACAGCAUUUUAAUCUUAACCAAGGGCCUACAGAUGCUGUGCCCGAGGAGAAGCUGGAGAGCCAGCAAAAGGAAGUUCGUCCAGAGAAAAUAGAAAGCAAGCCAGAUAGAAGUUGUUUUGGCGGAAAUGUGCUACAAAGGGAAGAAGCAGCACAUCGUCCAAUUUCUAAUGCACAGCCUGCUAACAUCUUUGGGCAGCCGAUGCCUCAAAGUAACUCUAUACAGUUCGAAGGAUUGUUUAGCGGCACCUCACCAUCCAAUAUUUUUCAAUCCAUAACAAGCAAUGCUCCCACUAUUCCUCAAGUUCCAUUGAAGAAGGAAGAGACACCUGAUCAAUCAACCCCGAACGCAUUUUCAAGAUUUGCAAAUAGUAGAAGCCUAUUCAAAUAA